AUGUAUAAUCCACCACCACCAACAUCAGGAGUAGGAAAAGCUAAUAAUUAUUAUAGACAACCAACUUCAACACCAGGAAUAGGAGCACCAGGAAACCCAACAGUUCCAAACUUUGCAGUACCACAACCAUCAAUGUCGAAAUAUCCACCAGCACCAUCGCCACAAGGCCAAUAUCCACCACCUCCACCACCAGGCGGAGCCGGACAAUAUCCACCACCUCCACCUCCAUCGGCACCAGGAGCCGGUCAGUAUCCACCACCUCCAUCGGCACCAGGUCAGUAUGGAGCACCAGCACCAGGACAGUACGGUGCACCAUCAGGUCCACCAGCUUCCGGUCCAGGUAUCUCAUUGCAGAAAGAUCAAACCAUCUCACUGAGUAAAGAGGAUCCACAUUUGAGACGUGUAUUCGUCGGUCUCGGUUGGGAUGUCAACCAAAUACCGGGUUACCCAUUCGAUCUCGAUGCCGUGGUCUUUAUGCUCUCACCAAACGGUAUGGUUAGAUCGAGCCAAGACUUUAUCUUUUACAACAACAAGACUUCAAGAGAUUCUUCUGUCACUCAUCAAGGUGAUAAUCUUACUGGUUAUGGUGAGGGAGAUGACGAAACAGUUUCAGUUAAUCUUCAAGCAGUAUCACCGGAUGUAACAAGAUUGGUGUUUGCAGUAUCAAUUCACGAAGCAGAUCAAAGAAGACAGAAUUUCAGUAUGGUACAGCGUGCAUUCAUUCGUGUCGCCAACCAUGAGACUGGCAGAAAUAUUUGUAGAUACGACCUCUCCAACGAAGGUGGUUACAACACCGCAAUGAUCGUCGGUGAAGUAUAUCGUGAAGGUCCAGAGUGGAAAUUCAUUGCCAUUGGAAAGAGUUUCCCAGGUGGUCUCAGAUAUCUUUGUCAAAUGUUUGGUGUAAAUUUAGGAUAA